AUGCCGGCCCGUUCUACUAAACCACCAGCAGCAGCCAAACCCUCCCGCUCCAUCUUCGACCCCUUCAACUCCUCCGCCACCGGCCACCAGCGUGCGGACAACACACUAAGUGGUAGCACAUCAUGGCGGGAUUCUCGCUCUCUUAAGCUUCGGGCACAAUAUACGGGUGGUACUGGAGGCGGGAAACGUGUCAGUGAUACAGUCGGCGCGGGGAGUCUCGACUUCGGUCAAGAUGGGCGAACUGAGAAUGGUGGGUGGGUGCCAGGUGCGAAGGGUUUGAGAGGGGAGGGUCAGAAGAGUUUGUGGGAGAGCACGCCUGGGUUGGCUGUGGAGAAGGAUGUUGAGAGGCCGAGUAAGAGGGUUAAGCUGGACGUAGAGGAGAAGCCGACGAAGGUGGUCAACCCUUUUACACCUUUCUGGAGAGAGGACGGCAAGAUACGGGAGACGAGCUGGACAUCACACGAGGCCUCACCAUCAGAUCUACUAUCCCCGAUAGACCCGCACAGUAGUAACAGCACCAACACAUCCUCUGGACAGCCAUACACACAGCAAGCUACCGACCUUUCAACAAAUACAGCGCCAGCCGAUAGAGGGCAGCAACCACCACCCCAGAUUUUCACCAACCUAACCUUCUACAUCAAUGGCUCCACCGCCCCUCUGAUAUCAGACCACAAACUAAAAUACCUCAUUGCCUCCCACGGCGGCUCUCACUCCACCUUCCUCGGCCGGCGAACAGUAACCCACGUGCUCAUUACUAAGCCCGCGAGCAGUGGAUACGGGAGGGCAUGCGGCGGCGGCCUAGCAGGAACGAAGAUCCAGAAGGAGAUCGCGAAGCUCAAGGGUGAAAAGGUGAGGUUCGUGAUGGUGGAGUGGGUGCUUGAAUGUGUGAGGCAAGGUAAAAGAGUGCCAGAGAGGGGGUUCGAGGGGUUGCGGUUGGCGCCAAAAGGUGUCGGGAGUGUCGCUGAGAUGUUUGGGGGUGGGGAAGUGCUGCAACGCUAUGCAAAGCAAAUGCUAGCUCCACCAUGGCUGGAUACAAAGGCCGCUCGUCCUCGCUCGAGCAGGCGAUGGAUUCCAACUCUGCUCUUCUGCAUUCUGGUUGCCGGGACCGUGAAUAUGUUGAUGCAGUAUAGUCUACCUGCUCUGUUCGUCGGAUAUCUGGGCUGCUCAACUGCUUCGCCGACGGUCACGGAUGCAAGCAAUGCCUACCCUACUAGCUCACCAUGGCAAUGGCCUGGACCGAAUCAGGGCAAACAAGGCUACUGGUUCGACCAGCUCGAGGAUACUUUAGCAACUAUGCAGAAUACCUUCUGGAACGGCACGUACUGGCCCACGACUAUACAAUGGAUAGGUGCUUUCAUGGAUACUCUGCUCGCUGCUUCUGACAUCUCCUUCACCAAUGCGCUGGAUAGAUAUAACGGCGGUGUGCCUGGUGCUCAUAGCACGUCUACUUCUCUCACCACUGAAAUUCAGAAGUACUUCACAGAGAUCGAAGCGUAUUAUGGAGAUGAGGAUGCGAUCCAGAUCUUCGGCGCGGCUUAUGAUGAUGCUCAGUGGGUUGUGCUUGAGUGGUUGGAAGCGAUCAAAUUCAUCGACCAGUACGACGACUACGCCAAAUCCAGUCUUGGGCAGAACGACAUUGCGCAUUUUGCUCACCGAGCACAUAUCUUCUACAACAUCGUGCAGAACCAAUUCAACACUUCGUUAUGCGGUGGCGGCAUAACGUGGAAUCCCGCUUUGGCACCUUACAAGAACGCCAUCACCAAUGAGCUAUUUCUGGCGAGCUCGAUAGGCAUGUACCUCUACUAUCCUGGAGACACGAACACGAGUCCUUACCCGAGCCCUGGAUACCUGAAUGCGACGAAUAUGACUUUGCCUGCUCUUCCCGCACUGGCGGCCCACGAUCCGUUGUUGUUGAACAAUGCUGUGCAGGAGUAUGCGUGGUUCCAGUCGCAUAAUUUUACCAAUGCUCAGGGUCUGGUCGUUGAUGGCUUCCAUAUUAGUGAUAACCAGACGACUUGCGACGAGCGAAACGAGAUGGUGUACACCUACAAUCAAGGCGUCCUGCUAUCCGGUCUACGUGGCUUGUGGGAGGCAACUGGUGAUACAGACUACCUCACCGAUGGCUACAACUACAUCAAAACCACUAUCAACGCCACAGGCUGGAACGCUCAAGAGCGCUCCACAGCAGGGCAAUGGGCGGGUCUAGGCCGCAACGGUAUCAUGGAAGAUUAUUGCGACGCACCAGCCAAUUGCUCCCAAGACAACCAAAUUUUCAAGGGCAUCUACUUUCACCAUCUCGAUCUCUUCUGCGAACCCUUACCCACCUCUACGCCUUUAGUAGCAGGGCUCACGCAUACCGCCUCCCCAUCCCUCGCAGCUUCCCAUGCAGCGAAGUGUGCAAGCUAUAUCCCCUGGAUCGAACAUAAUGCCCAAGCCGCUCUCUCUACUCGUAAUACCACGGGUUUCAUUGGUGGCUGGUGGGGCGCGAGUUAUGUCAAUAAGACUCAGGAGCCGUGGCCGGCUUAUGCGGUGCCGAGACCGGGGGGAAGUACGGAUGAAUGGAAUGAACCUUGGGUUCUGCAGAGUGAGCCUUGGAGUUGUCAGGGACAGCAGGGGUGUGGUAUUGGUGAGGUCAAAUGGGGAAAUAGUGGUGGAUUUGGGCACAAUGGGAGAAGGAUGGCGGAGGGGUUUGGCGGUCGGAAGAGGGAUGGUGGGUCAGGAAGGAGAGAUGCUAAUGAUUUGGGGCUGGGGAGGACGGUCGAGACGCAGGCUAGUGGUCUUGGUGUUGUGAGGGCGGCUAGUGACUUUCUGUCUAGGAGGGCGGCGACGUGA